AUGGCUCGCCUGCGACGUGACACGCUUUCAACAUCCAGUACUACCCACUCCCCAACGUCCACCUACGUCAACCCGCCUAUGCCAAGUCCAUCAAUCUCCAAACCAUUUCGUAUUUUUUCGACAGGGACGAUAUUCUUGACGUAUUCGCUGGACCUUUGCUCGCAUCCAGUUCCGGGUACUGCGUCUCGGGCACAAGCAGUCACCACCGCACGUGGCGGUAGCGCUGGACAUAUACUUGGUUUUUUGGCAGCGCUUCCUGCUGCUGUGGAACCCAUGCUCAUCGCGAGUUUGGGCGCGUCGCCCGACGGAAUUCGACUGCGAGAUGAGCUAGAGACAGGUGGAGUGCGCACAAAAUACUGUAAACCCUGGCCUGGUCUCGGUGUUCCAUCUGCAUGGGUAAUGCAUGCCCGUGAUACUGGUGAAAGAACUGUUAUAAAUCACAAUCCACUUCCAGAGGUGUCCCAUGAAGAUUUUAUUGCCUUGCUGGGCCCUGUUCUUGCACCGGAGAAACUACAUUGGCAUUUCCCACCCACAACUACCUCCUCAACCACCUUCGCCCGCUGCCGUCUUCCCAAAUGCAUUUGUUUCUACUCCACCACCGAGAAAUAUAUCAAAACCACGCUCUCCAACAUUCUUGGAGUAGACGGUCUUGCACGUGAGCGAAAGUGGCGAGCACAUUGUGUUCUCAGUGUGGAUCUCGGCCGAAGGGCACGAGAAGGCGUCGAAGCUCUCAUCCCUCACGCAGACUCAACCCUAGGCCCACCUUCUCCGCGCGCUAUCCUCCUUGCGCUCGCACGACACGCACCUCCACACGCGCUCCUUGUAUUAUAUGGAGGUGCCCUUGGUUCAGCCCUCCUCUCCCUUCCCACUCGUGAAUACCUCCAAUCCUCUUCCUGGUCUCCACUCCCGAUGGGCAGAUCCCAUGCACACACCAACUCCAACUUACACUCCAUCAUCUCCACCGCUGAUGGUGUUGAGAGCGUGCGCAGCGGCUCAGAAUUUUGGGCUGGUCGCCGCAGCCCCGACUCAAGCGGGUUCACUAUGGGUGAUAACCCCUCACCUGCCCGAAAUCGUGACAGUGGAUACUCAGAAGACCACGACGACGAGCCAAGAAGGCGCACGUCAUCGGCGGGAGAAUCCUUCCACCCACUUGAUGAUGACGACGACGAAGAUGACGCAAGGUCUACGCAUACCACCCGCGGGACAUCCUUGCCCCACUCACCUCCCAAUCCUCAUCUUCGCACUAACGGUCAUGGCCACGACCACGCACAUACACGUCCUCCCCAGCACGUACAGAGCUCUAUACCCGUGCAACUGCCGCCGCCGCCACCACCACCACCUUCGGAGGACCUACAAGAUGAAGAGGGCGCGCAUUCCGCGUUCAUCGCGGGGAUGAUCUGGUCCCUCAGCAGGCGCACUCUUCCAGGGGCGCCAUAUACCCCCGUGCAAGCGGAGGAGAAGGAAUUAGACGUCACUGCGCGGUGGAGGCUUGAUGAGUGCCUGCGAUUUGCAACGGAGUGUGCGGGGCGCAAGGCUGGCGGAUGCGAGUGGGGAAACUUGGCUAUGGAGAUGAGAGACGUGGGGUGGUUUGAUUGA